UUUCAUUUUGAGAAAUAAGAAAUGGCGAAAUAGUUUGCUAUCCAAAUAUAGUUUUAAGUUAUCUUUUUGCAUUCGGAGUUCAGCUAGUAAAAAUUUGAAACAAAUGCAAUGAUAUAUAAUUUUCGUUAUGCAUUUAUUACUCACUGUGGUGUUAAAUUGAAACUACGUUUACAGUUUGCAAACAAGCUCUGCGUUUAUUUUAAUGUAAAUGAUCUAUGAAUAGUUUUUAAAAUAUAUAUUUAUCCACAAACAACUAAAUAUGAAUAACACUGGAGGUAUUGUUGGUGGUGGAGUUGGUUCUUACGAUGCAAAAAUCGCUGGAUUAUAUGACUUACUGGAUACUUUAGGAUCUGGUCAUUUUGCAGUGGUGAAGUUAGCCAGACACGUAUUUACUGGGGAGAAAGUGGCUGUAAAAGUUAUAGAUAAAAGCAAGUUGGAUGAAGUUUCAAAAUCACAUUUAUUUCAGGAGGUUCGAUGUAUGAAAUUAGUACAGCAUCCAAAUGUUGUGAGGCUAUAUGAAGUAAUAGAUACACAAACCAAGCUCUAUUUGAUAUUAGAGCUAGGUGAUGGAGGAGAUUUAUAUGACUAUAUCAUGAGGCAUGAAACUGGUUUAUCAGAAUCUCUUGCUCGUGACUACUUUCGCCAAAUUGUUCGUGCAAUCUCAUAUUGCCAUAGAUUACAUGUUGUGCAUCGGGAUUUGAAGCCUGAGAAUGUAGUGUUUUUUGAGAAGUUAGGUGUAGUGAAAUUGACUGAUUUUGGUUUUAGUAAUAAGUUUUGUCCAGGACAAAAACUAGAAACAUCCUGUGGUUCUUUAGCUUAUUCAGCACCAGAAAUACUGCUUGGAGAUUCUUAUGAUGCACCUGCAGUAGAUGUGUGGUCACUUGGUGUUAUUCUUUACAUGUUGGUAUGUGGUCAAGCACCAUUCCAAGAAGCUAAUGAUAGUGAAACUUUGACUAUGAUAAUGGACUGUAAAUAUACUAUACCACCAAAUAUCUCAAACUCAUGUAAAAGGUUAAUAGGAAGAAUGUUAGUGAGAGAGCCAGAAAAACGAGCUACCUUAUCAGAAAUUGCCACUGAUCCCUGGGUAACCGCUGGGGAAGGAGUGACAGUAGAAGACUUUGAUGCUCCUUUAGUUACAAAACAGGAUUUGACUGAAGAAGAUCGUCAAUCCAUCAUUCAGAUAAUGGUAGAUGGAGAUAUAGCAUCAAAGGAAAGAAUUACAGAGGAAUUAGAAAAAAAUGAAUACAAUCACAUAACUGCUACAUAUUACCUGCUUGCUGAGAGACAACUAAGAUCGAAAAGGCAAGAAGCGAGGCAAAAUGCCCGACGACCCGAAGCACUGAGCGUGUCUCGUGGGCGUGGCUUACUCGCCCCACCCCAAGUGCCUUCUGCGCCGCGGACGCCACAGGAUGCACCACCGAGGUCGCGCAAGUGCAGUAUAGUCCGCGAAGAGGAAGACGAUGAAGAGUCAUCGGUAUGCGGACCGGCGCGUGCGCAUGACUCACGGCGCGGAUCUCGCUCUGAAGGACGCCUACAGUUAGCUAGACCUGCGCAGCUAGCUGAUAAUCUUACUAAGGUGAAUCUAGACGACGGUGUAAAAACCGCUCGUCUGAGUAUAGCACAAGAUACGGUGUCAGUGGUGGAAAGUGCCGCCAGGGCUCCGCCGGCACCUCCUCCCGCAAGAAGGCAACGCAUUGAAUGUCGCCGAAGACGACCUCGAACAGGCUCCUGUUCAUCGUCAGACCUCUCUGACGAGGACUCGGAGAAGAAGAAGAGGGCCCCGGAGCACGUAGAACCUUUGGUGGAGCGCCCGCGACGGGACUCCCAUGACGACUCUAGUGAUAGUCAGGAGACAGGGGCGCGGCCGGCAAGGACGCAUAGCGCACAUGCUACAGGCGGCAGCAGCGUAGAACGUAGCGGGUCGACUAGCGGCGGGGGUGGAAGUGGCGGCAGCGGUGGUGGGGGUGAUGCGCGGGGGGGAGGCAACUCGGCCGGCAGACGGCGACGAGCCGCGAGGAAGGAAAGUCGCCUACGGGAGUCGAGAUCUCUUAAUCGGAUAGCUGAGGUGGAGGAAGCCAGCGGGGCGAGAUGGGGCGGUGUGGGAUUGGUAGCACUCUGUGGAAGGCCCUUUCUUAGACUUCUUGCAGCAGCAAGGCCUUCCCCGUCCGCUAGACGUCUCCAUGCCCUCUGCUAACAAGUAUUCAUAUUACACACACCACUCCAUACUAUUCUACACAUACUUAAAUGUUGAGUUGUAGAGCAACCAUAGACAACUCUAGAAACGUUCACACUUUUUUGGUUUGAUUCAGAGUCGAGAUUUAUCGAUAACUAUGACUUGCGUAUGUCAAAAAUAAAUCGAAUUUGACAUACUAUAACGUAUCCAAUUACUGAAAGUUAUCAUGGAAAUAUUUUCCUGUUGAAAUCUAAGCAAUACACCCACUGACUUGACCCCCGUUCACUUUCAAAUGAUCCCUAGCUAUAGCGAUAAUUCUCGACUCUAUAUAUUACCAUUGGUAGUUAAUUUUCUAACACACUUAAACACACACAAAUCAUCUGUCAUCAUCAAAAAUCUUAUCAUUGAUUCAUUCGCGUUUAUUAUUUAUUUGUAUAUCAUACACAAACCCACCGUUCAUUUAAGGUUCCAUAUUCAAAAUGUUCUUAGUUCCAUUUAUUCAUUGUUAAUCAAUCAUAUUAAAUCACUGAGUCUUUCAACAUUUAUAUUUUUCCAAAUACCCAACACACGCCACGCAAAUUAUUGACUAAAUUGUAUUGAUGUUGUGUCCCUACUUUUAUUUGAUGUUCAGCUAUGAAAGUUAAAAAUUUGUGAUUUUUUGUUUAGCAUUACGUCGAUCGUAUUAAGUCUAAAGGUAAGAUUCUCUAUGACCAGAAUUGACAGAAUGACGUAAGGGAAUCACACUUGGCGCCAAAUUUCAUUUCUAAUAGAAUCUCUGGUUUACAAAAUAAUUGUUAACAAUAUUUUGUUACUUCGGUUCAAAGAUACUUUAUUAAGAUAAGAAUUACAUUCACCUAGCGAGAAACUAUCUUUGGUAACAUUUUGUAAGUGCUAUGCUUCUUAUCAUAGAACUCCCGCUAUCUACUUAGUAUUGUAAACUUAAAACUAUCUCUUUCGUUUCAAUAAAACUACUUGUGAGAAAUUGUAUUGUUAUUAGGAUGUUGAAUUGUUUAAUGUACGCAAUUUAGAUAUAGACCGACAUGAUAAAGAAAAUUUGUUAAUGCACAAUAUAAUUUCGGGAUUUUUCUAUAAAUUUUUAUUGUUUAAAGACAUAAUAUAUUCGUAAUAUACGUAAAUUUCAUAAUAACGUUUAUUCGUGUAGUUAAAGUUAUAUUAAUGUUAAAUGUAAUAGAUUUUUUUAUCACCACAGGUGAUUGAAGUAGGAAAUUAGUGUAGAUACAUUAAAUUCGCUAUGCCCCAUCGAUAAUUUGUCAGGUUUUCCCUCAAUACACCACCGUUUCAAAAUAGAUUCGGUUACAUACGGGCUGUAGGUACACGGACCGUAUUUGACUCGAAGUUUCUACUAAUGGUAGGUUUACACGCUUGCCAAGCCUUGGCAAGCAUCGACAAUCGCAAGCAUGUAAACAGAGCGUUUGUCUUGGCUUCACUUGGCUUGUGUGGGCUUGUGCCGGCUUGCUUCCGAUCCAGUCGAGUGUCGGUUUUUUAACGGAGAUCAUAGGCGUUUGCGGCAAGCGCUUGCGAUGCAUUUACAUGUUGGUCCGCGUUUAGAAGCCAUUGUGAUCUAUGUAUUUUACAUAGAUCACAAUGGAUCAAAUUUUAUUUUUAUUUUAAUCAGGAGAGUCUUUCGUUUCUGGAACAUUACCAAAUGGAACCAUGCAUCUGGAAUCCGAUGUAAAAAAAGAUCAUCAUAUCAUAUUAUGUUUUGAUGAUGUUUAAAAGUACGUUAAACCAAAUGUAAUAGCCGUCACAAAUUCGGUGUCCGCCAUGCUUGGAUGUAUAUUGCAGACUGACGCAUUCACAAGCGUGUAAACGCCAUCCAAACGCCAAACGAGAUUUGUGGAGGCUUGGCACAGUUUGCAGUUUGCCAAGGCUUGGCAAGCGUGUAAACCUACCAUAAGAGUUACGAACUUCCACCCGACUCGAAAACAUCGACGAGUCGAGAAGCGAAACAACGAACGUAAUUUCGACGGACUGCAGGUUUUAUUGUCUCGGCAAGCAUAGAGUCGCCCAGUACAUUAUUGGAGAAACUAUAGUCACCCAUAACUGUUUGUGUAUUGAGAGAAGUCACGAAUAAAGUAUUUAAUUUUUAAUAACUAAGAUGUUUGUAUAUUGGUAGGAGUAGAUGUGUGCUAUUAGGUAGUUUAAGUGGUAUCAGAAAUGAAUUAACCCUUAAACACGUUCUCUUAUUUCUAUUUAAAAGGUUUAAUCCGAUAUUACGCGUUUGUAUUUUUACAUAAUAAUUUAGCAAUAUGAAUUCUUAUGUAGCGUGCCAUCGUUGUACCAUCUAUUACACAAAUAGGAACUGAAAAGAGCAUACUUAUCUCUUCGUGAACGAAAGAGACAGAAUCCGAAAGACUGUUAGCAGACUUGCGAGUUUGAAAUACUAAAUUUUUAAUUACUCUACACGUAGCUUACAUUUUAGAAACAUUUAUAGUCUGUGCGGCAUUCGCGCUGGUUCCGAAUUCAAUUACAAAACUUUUUAUAAUUUAUUUAACGGGGCCAUUAUUGUCACAUCAUAGUAUACAUACACAGCUAUGUAAAUUAUCAGAUAAUUGUCUUUGGUCAAAGACAAGUUUCGUAUUUUGUUAUGUACAUUGAGCUUAAAAGGAAAUUAUUAAUUUAUAUAGACGUGUAACUUAUUUAAGGCCUUUUGAAUUUACGAUAAAUAUUUAUAAUCGCAGUUCCGAUGAGAUUUUUUAAUGCAAUAAAUAAAAAACCAUACUAGGUCCACAGGGUGUUUUGAAAAUUGCGUUUAUUUUGAUCUAUGAAUUAUUGUUAAAAUAACCAAGAUUUUUGUGUUAGCUCCUCUCGCCAAGCGGUAAUAAAAUAAUCAGUUCGUACAAAAAAAUAUACAGUGUAUACUAGAAAGACUAACCAAAGCUCAUUGAGCUAGAAGUAUAUCCCCUAAUUCAAACCGUAUCUCAAUAUAUAAUCUCGUCUGUGUUCUGGAGUACAGACGCAAGAUAUUUUUAAUUUUUGUUUUUGAACAAAUUAUCGAUAUUAAUACCUAUAUAUUUUAGUUUUGGUCGUAAGUUUUUUUGCUAUUUUGUGCAGCACUAAAAGGACAACAAAUUUGUCUAACGGAACUCACAUUUUUACGCAUUUCUCAGAUUAUUUAAUCGUUUUAACGGUAGUUUAAUAGUUAUUAUACAAUUUUCGUCCUUGUACUGUGUAUGAAGUAUCCCGACCCGUUUGUUAAUUUUGUAGAAUAGCAUUAUUAAUGUUAAACGUUGUAUUUAAAUAUUUAUGUACAUAUUUUUAAAUUGUUGUAAAUAAAUAGUCUAUUUUAAAUUUUAUAUGGUUAAGCUUUAUUUUGUCAGUGUGUGUUUUCGUUCGGUCUGGAUUGAUAUUUUAUUUUAAGGUGCGAUGUUUCUCUGUCGUCAGUAAUAAUAAGACCAAAGAAUAAAUAGUGUAUGGAAAAUAAUAUUACCUACAUUAUGUGCCAAUGUAUUUUUUUUUCUACGAAAUUGUUUCAUCUUUUUAUCAAAUAUAUAGAUUAAAUGUAUGGUUCUAUCGUUUACAUAAAAGCACAUGUAUAACAUAGUAUUUACUUUUCUAUUAAAAAUUAAUGUUAGAUAUGUGGGGAAAUAUCUCAGCAAUAGGGUUAUUGUGUAAGCAACUUAGUUUAAAUCAAAAUAUCUUCGUACGUAGUAUCGAUUUAUUGUAUAUGUAACGCCAUCCUAUCGUAAUUUGACAUUCUCACAUACAUAGAAUUGCAUUCUAUAAAUAUGUAGUUCGUGAGACAUUUUUAUAUAUUUCUGUAUUUAAAUAAAACACCUAAAACGCUGCGCAACGUUGUAAUUGGGGUGUUUUUUUGCUUUUUGCAUCUGCAUAGAACAUUAAAGCAAUAAUAAGCAUACUUAUGCUAACAUUGUACCUGAAUGUGCCUAUAAGAUGUAAUUACUUGAUACGUAUUGAUGAAUAUGGUCGAACGUUGCUUUUGUUUUGCAUAUUUCUAAAUAAAUAAAGCUGACUGAUUUAACUGUAGAUUAUUUUUACAUCAAGGCGAAUGUAUCUAUACAUUAAUAAAAAUCCGAAAACCUAUCAAAAGUACAUGAAAAAACUUUGAAAGCAUUUAUUUUGUAACUGUCUUACUGUUUGGAUUAUAGAACUAAGUCUUAAACUGAGGGUUUAACGAUGUAAUGACAAGUUAACAGAUUUAUGGUUACGCUGCAACUGUACGCCUUCUCAAUACUCCUACGUAGUCCUAGAUCUACUUAAAUACUAUAGUACACUAUUGAUAAGUGUCGAUAUUUAGUAUAAACUUAUGCAAUUCUGUAUGUAAAUUUAAUAUCCUAUUAAAUUUUGUACUAUUUAGUUACAAUUAUAAAUUUGUUUUUGUAUGGUGUAUUAAGCAAAUAAAUAUUAUGUUCAAUACUAAA